CAAUGCACUGUUCAACAUCAAAGUACGCAUGCGCGUUAGGUUAGGUAAUGAUAACUUGGGAUAGAUCACCCAAUUUCUUUCCAUAUUGACACUCCGAAUAUGGCGAACGUUUUGGAGUUAUUAGCAACUGUGAUACUUUUAUUUGCGUUACCAACACAGUCUGAAGAUGUGUUAAAGAUUAAACCUGACCUUGGGGAGCUAUUGGUAAAGCCCCUGACACAGCAAGUUUUGCAAUGUGAAGUAACUACAUCUAGGCUGGAUGCUAAGUUAUCUUGGGAAGCACCAUCAUCGACCUUGUUCUCACAAGAGUCAAAAAAUGUUGUAAAUGGUGCAUCACAUUUGAUGUCAACAACCAUUACCAUUGAUAAAUUUGAACCAAAAUACAAUGGAAAUUACAGCUGUGUUUUAAAAGAUGGAGCAUAUGAGAAACGUGCCUAUAUCAAUCUAAGAGCUGUGACAGAGAAAAAGGAAGAACCCAUUUUCAAUGCUAGCAGUACAACAGCAGCUCUUUCAUGCUCGAUUGACUUGACAGGAAUUGAGGAUGUUGUGUGGCUUCAAAAUUACACUUUGGUUUCUGAGCUUAAGGAUAAGGAUCGUUUUGUUUCCACUAAAGAAAACUUUACUCUCACAAUAAAUAACCCAACCAUUGAUGACGCAAAUCUGUACAUUGCAAGAUUUACCAUCAAUAACAAAAACUAUGAUUGUGAGGUUGAAUUUAGAGCUAGUCCUCAAGUUAUGGCUUUUGAAAAGUCAAAGAAUUUGAUUCAAGAUGAUACACUAGAGCUACAGUGUAAGGUUAAAGGGUACCCUCGUACUGUUGUCACUUGGUAUAAAGAUGAUGAACCCCUGAAUGUCACUCUUGAUAGCCAGAUGGAGCUGACCGGACUGAAUGGUCACAAAAAUGCUCGUCUUAGAAUAACGAAGGUUGACUUUGCCCAUGGUGGUGAUUACAAAUGUGAAGCUUAUUCCAAGUACUUCAAUGAAACAUCUUCUAAAACAAUUACUGUUAGAGUCAAAGAUAAACUAGCUGCACUCUGGCCGUUCUUGGGGAUUGUUGGUGAAGUUGUAGUACUGUGUACAAUCAUAUUCAUUUAUGAGAAGAGACGCAACAAGCAAGCAGAGCAGGAGGAAAACAAUGCACAAGAAUCAGAUGAAAAUGCAUCUGAGAAAAAGGAUGGACUGAGACAUCGCAACACCACAUCUAACAAUCCUUCAGCUUAGAGCAGGAGACAUUCUGCUGUUUUGACUGGAAAAAAGUGGCGUAUCUAAUUUUUCAAUCUGUGGUGUAAGAAUUUGAAUAGAUGAGUAACAAUUGUUAAAUCUUGCCUUCAAGUUUUGUGUAUUAUUGCAGGUGUAAAAUAUUUUUCAUAAUAGAUUUCAUUAAGUUAUACCUGAAUAAUGUCUUUAGUGAAAGGCACCCAUUGGCUUUCAAUAGUGUUUUGACAAGUAUUUUUUUUAAAAAUUUAAUACAAUUUAUUUUUAACCAAAAAAAAAACACCCCCUUGUGUAAAAAAUAAAGUGUAUUACAUUCCUUUAUUACUUAAAUAGCUGUCAGUGCUUGUCAAAUCUUUACUUUCAAUACUGCACUAUAGUUUAGUCUUUUCCUAGCAUUUUUUGUUCGUAUUGUCAUAUUUGACAACAGUAUUCGGUAUAAAUCCUGUGUUUCAACAUUUCUGUACAUAUCUAUACAUAUAUUUUUAUCAGAUAUUGAGCUCUGACUGCCUGAAACUAGGAUGAAUGUAUGUUUAGAUGUUGGUAUGGAGAUCUUGUAAAUAGGAUUUUCUUUUAUUGCUUCAGGGAUACAGGAGAUUAGUUAACUGCCUUUCUGGCAUGGGGGGGAGGGGUGAUUCAUUAGUCAUAAUUGUGAUGUUAAUUAGAAAUGUUUCACUUUUCUUAAACUGCAACAGAUUUAUGUGGCUGACCUACAAUAUAACUCAAAGGUCCCAGCCUGAGAUUUUGCUACAAAUGCUUUGAAAAUAUUUUUACCAUGUGGUUUACAUUAAACAAAGUAUACAAGUUGAUUCUCUAGUGAAAUAUUUGAUACACCAGAUUUUACUUGUUCUCCUUGUCUGUCUACUCAGAUUUUGUACAUUUUUUUUUAUACUGUCAAUGAGUAUGAUUGUUUUGAAAAUAAAGAUAUAAUUAUUUCUUCUUA